CCAGUAGUCGAGGGACCUCUUCCGAAACCACGCAUAGCCGAUACGUUUCUCCACCGAUCGAGUUCGUUUUGAAUGCAAAGAUUCCGACGAAGAGGCCAUGGAUCGCAAUUAUGUGUAUUUUGAUGACUAAAAUGUUUACAAAGUGGGCUUUUUGUCUCCUGGUGCAGAAUAUGUUUAGCUACUGCAAUGUGAUGCUUGAUAAAACGAUGGCAGAGGCAUAUGAAGUGAAGCUUAUAUUCUCAGCCGGCACGUUAGUCAUUUGUCUCAUAGGAGGGUUGAUUGCUGACACAGUUCUAGGAAUGUUUUUCACAGGAACCUUGUCAUUUGUAUGGCAACUUGUAGGAUUGUUGUUCAUUCUUGGUUCGACGUUUACAGAGAACACAGCGGAUGCACAUCCACGUACGGAUCUGUACAUGGUCGGGUUAGGUUGUACAGCCAUAGCUUACAGUGGUCUAAACGCCAUACUGGUUGUAUAUGGAGCGGAGCAGCUACGCAAAGAUAGCCACAGACAGUCGUAUAUACAUUGGAACUAUUUCUUUAACAACUUUGGUGCCUUACUGGGUGUUCCCGUGACAACCUCCCUUGCAGUGGUCGAGUUCUCAACGAACACUCACUAUUACUUCGUGGCCUGCUUCACAACUGCCGUCAUCGUGACGGCACUGGCCUUGUUGGCGUUUACAGCUGGAUUUAGGCAUUACAAAGAUACAACAAUACGAGGAAAGAAAAUCCUCCAUGCUGUGAAGGCGGCCUUGUCUUCUACACCGGGGUGCUGCCGGACUGUCCGGUCAAUACUGACGAGUCCUGCGGGAUCACGAUAUUCUACUUCUGUGCCUCACAACAACGACGACACAAAACUGGAUACCGCAUUGCUACAGACGUACGACCGGCUGACGGCUCGGGGAAUUCUCCGUGUAUUACUGAUCAGCUCAGCAUUCCUUGGUUUUGCCGUGUACUACUAUGGGUUAAUCGACUCGGCGCUAGUCUUACAGUCGGAGGGCAUGAAGAUGUACAACUUCACUCUUUACCAUGUGCCGGAUGAUGCCAGUAAACUGGAAGCAUUCAAUCUGGCCGGGGUCUGCCUCUUGAUACCAAUCAUGGACCUAAUCUUAUACCCUUACCUAAGAAAGAGGGGAAGUAAAGUUCCAUGUGACGCCAGGAUAUUAACUGGUAUGGCUAUAGGAAGUUUAGCUGCAAUUUAUUCAAUAGUUCUAGAGGGACAAAGAAAAGAAAUUUGCGAACUGAAUGAUGGGGAACCAACUCUAUCCUGGUUUUAUAUAACACCUUCGAUUACAUUUCUUACAGUAGCAGAGGCAUUCGCUUUCGUUGCAGCAUAUGAAUACUGCUACCUCCAGGGCCCGACGGGUCUCCGUUGUGUGUCGGUAGGACUGUUAGAUACGGCCACUGGUCUGUCUAGUUUUAUCGCCAUCGGAAUAAGAAAGCUUGUACAAGAUAAGCAAAGAUCCUGGUUUCCAGACAAACAUGCAACCAAAGUCUGCGAGCUUGGCAACAAGAGCCGUUUAGAGAAUUUCUUCCUGAUACAGCUGGGAAUUCUUUUAUUGUCUGCAGUUUCAUACCUGUGUGUUAUUUCUAGCAUAGAAAAACUGCAAAACAUCACCAGGGUAUUCGUUAAGAAGCGCCCAGAAAAGUCUGUGUUUGGCUCUGUCAACACCAGCGAAAACGACGAAGAAUUAAUGGAAUCUUCUUACGAAGAAAUACGGAAUAGCAGGCAUUUAAGCGGUGACAAUAGCAGUGAAAUGUUCGAAUCGUGGGAGACCUAUGACACGUUAGACAUUUCCCAAGCGGGGCCAGGGGACGCCAACGCCCAAAGCUCGUUAUCUAGCUCCAUGUCUAGUGCUGUCCUCUAUGUUCAACCCAGUGAACAAGCCAGCGCCCCCUGUCGGACAAAAAAGAAGAAGCGCACCAGUAAAAAACAUCUUCCAUGCACAUCAGAUGACACAAAAAGCAGCCUGUCUGCGUCUGUAUCUGUGCAUGUAAAUGAUGAAAUGAAAUCAAACCGUUUGUCUUAUGACACUAUAGACACAAUGCUGUGAAGAUUGUGAAAUUUUCCAGCGUACUGAUCAUAAUUUAGAUUAGAAUCUUAUGUUAGACGACUGGGACAAUAUUGUACAGAAAAAGUCAAAAAGGUUACAUGUAGGUGCUUUUUUCCAGUGCACUGUGGACUGCAUGAAAUUGACAAUUGUUUCAGAUAAGCCUAUAAGAGACUAAUGAGUGUAAUUAUUUAUACAGCUAAGAACAAUUUACAAAUUCCCAAAAUUUGUGUUGUUUUCAAGAAGAAACAGUUUGGAGGACUUUGCUGUCAUUCAGUUGUUCUUUUCUGUAUUUUUGGUGGGAGGUGAAUCAAGCCUUUUUUGUUGACAGAUAUAAUGUUACAAACGACCGUGAAUGACAUGUGUGUAGUACUUAGGCCUAUAGUCAAAACAAUGGUAGGUAAUGGAGAUGAUAUACAACUAUUUUGAUAGAUGCAAUGUGUAACAAAUGUUAUGCAAAUU